AUGUAGGAAAGUGAAAUACCAUGUGAAAUUUCAGAAAUCUAUGACAAUCCCAAGAUAUCUGAGAAUCCUAGGAGAUCACCCCCACGUGAGAUGAGUACAAUGGAUGCGCAAGAAGCCCACAUCUAUGUGAAGACUGUAGCGAGAAGCGAGGAACCCCCACGUGACAUUUUCCGUCCUCCGGAAGAAAGAGAGAGGAGAGGCUUGUGGUGGCUUAUACCCAGGCUGAGCCUGGAGUGA